UGGGGCUUCACUGUGGCCGGUAAGUGGCAGGGGACAUCCUUGCAAUCUCUCCUCUCCUCCUAACGCCAGGUUAAAAACCUCAGGAGCAGCACUUGCUGUUUGCGAAACUGCCUGCCACCGACGCCCCGGAGUUAGACGCCUCACUCGCACGGGGAGCCAGCAUGUCGGCUGUGGUCCUGGAAAACCGAGGUUUUGGCAGGAAACUCUCUGACGGACAGGAAACAAGCUAUAUUGAAGACAAUUCCAAUCAAGAUGGUGCCAUAUCACUGAUCUUCUCACUCAAGGAAGAAGUUGGUGCCCUGGCCAAGGUCUUGCGCUUGUUUGAGGAGAAUGAUAUAAACCUGACCCACAUUGAAUCCAGACCUUCGCGCUUGAAGAAAGAUGAGUAUGAAUUUUUUACCUAUCUGGAUCAACGUAGCAUGCCUGUCCUGGCAAACAUCAUCAAGAUCUUGAGGCAUGACAUCGGUGCCACCGUCCAUGAACUUUCCCGGGAUAAGAAGAAAGACACAGUGCCCUGGUUCCCAAGAACCAUUCAAGAGCUCGACAGAUUUGCCAACCAGAUCCUCAGCUAUGGAGCAGAACUGGAUGCAGACCACCCUGGUUUUAAGGAUCCUGUGUAUCGAGCAAGACGGAAGCAGUUUGCUGACAUUGCCUACAGCUACCGACAGUAAGUCCACUUUGCUGGUCUUGGGGAAGAGAGAAGCACACGCUCCUGGCUUACCUUUUCCUUGCCCAAGUUUGGAAAAUACCAGCAUAGAGUCCCGCCUUCGGCGUGUGUGUGUGUGUGUGUGUGUGUGUGUGUGUGUGCGCGUGCGCGCGCGCGCGCAUGUGUGUUUAAACCCUCCCUUUAAUAACACAUGUUUCAAAAAAAAAUUGCUGCUAGACAAAACAAAAUUACCCACCGUGCCGGCCGGCCUUCUCCCCAGCUUUGUUGUGUCCUUAUGCGCUAACGUCUGAAGUAAUUACAAAAGGCCUCGGCCCUGAAUAACACAGCCUCUGGUAUUCUCCACAUUAAACAGGGAAGAAGGAAAAAGAGAAUAAUUUACAUUCAAGGAGGAGUUGGCUGCUUUACUGAAAUAAUGAAUCAUUUGAGGUUUUAGAUGAGCCGUGCCUCAGCGUUCUUCUUUGA